AUGGCUCCCAUCCGUCGCUACCUGCGGAUCAGCAAACACUCCGUGCUUGAGUGCCGCAUCUUUCUCGAGAACCCUGCGGAUGAAUCAAGAUGGCUUCUGAACGAGAAAGACCCCGCCCUUCCACGGAUCUUUGAAGCUGUCAAACCCUACGUGCUACCGAAACUACGGGAAGAGAAUGAGCGGGCACGAGGUAAGGGCAAAAAGAAGAAGAGCGUCAAAGACGUGGUUCAACAAGAUGACUUUGAUGUCUCCAUCUUCCUUACUGAGAUCCGGACUCGCCACUGUCUUCUCGUCAAGAAAAAGACAUUCAAGCAAAUAGGCCCAAUCAAAAGCAACAAUGGCAACAAACUGACUAGAGCCGACCAUGACGCCGUGAUGGUUCAGGAUGAGAGUGACGAAGAGAACAUCAAUCUCCACGACAUCCCAGCUGCCGUAGAGGAGGAUGAGAGUCACCUUGACAUUGGAGGGGAGGACGACGAUAAGAAAAAGCUCGGAUUCAAUACCACAUACGAUGGAUUCAUCAUCUGGGGCUGGGUGCUGUGCCUCUUUGUUGAGCGCAAAGGCGGACCUAGCAAGAAAACUCCUGGGAUCUCAGGCAGUUCGCAGGCACUCAUGCAAGACUGGAUCCAAUCAACUCAGGAUCAAAAGGACGAUGGUUUGUGA